AAUCAGAUAACUUCUCACUGCGUCGCAGAGGGACCGGGACAAACGCCGCACGCACGGCAGAGGGAUGGCGUUUUGUAGUUUUUUCGGCGGAGAGGUGUUUAAAGACCACUUUAAACCAGGGGUUUACGUAUGCUCCAAGUGUGAUCACCAGCUGUUUACCAGCCGCUCCAAGUACGAACACUCGUCCCCCUGGCCGGCCUUCACAGAGACCAUCCAUGAAGACAGUGUGUCCAAACACAAGGAGAGACCUGGGGCAUAUAAGGUGCGAUGUGGGAAGUGUGAAAAUGGACUAGGCCAUGAGUUUGUGAAUGACGGGCCGACCAAAGGCGCGUCUCGCUUCUGAAUAUUCAGCAGCUCACUGAAGUUCGUCCCUAAAGGUACAAUAGUCCGAUUAUAUCACAACACCAGGUUUCAACUACUGUUGCUGCCCUAUUGCACUGCCUUUGUGUUGUGUAGGCCCUAGGAAUGCACAUUCACCAAGUUUAAAGCAGACACCAUGUAUAGCUA